UGUGUCUUAGUGUGUGCCACUGCUACAAGCAAGGACCCUUUUGGUUUUUCAGAGAAAAAGCAAAACGCAAACGCAGAAACAAAAGAAAGCGAAACGAUUCGCGUUUUGAAAAAGCCAUCACAACGAAAUAGAGGCACACACACUGUCUUUCUUUCUUACUCUUCUCGCGUAUGUGUUUUGUGAUCGUGCAUGGUUCCUUGCGAUUUCCCCCUACAAGGAUAGAUCUUUCAACGCUCAUUUUCCUCUGAGAUCUUUCCUUUGACGUGUGAUGUGAAUUUUUUCGUCUUCUUCACGUUGCAGAUUUUUCUGCAUCAACCUGUUGAAGACUUCUUUUUGGCCAUUUAUCUUGAUUGAUCAUUUUAGAGUGGUGCGGAAUAUGAAUGAAAAGGAAAUUGGUUGGAAUUGGUGAAAAUUGUGAUUCAAGUGCCUAGAUGAAGACAGUAAAAGAUUUGCGCCUAGGCGCGGGCGAUGUGCAGAUCCUGCCUGGGUCUCGUCAUCGUCCUCCUAUGAAGAAGCCAAUGUGGAUUAUUGUCUUGGUUUUAUUCGUAUGCGUGUUUCUAAUAUGUGCUUAUAUCUACCCACCAAAAAGCAGUUCUGCUUGCUACAUCUUUUCUUCUGAAAAUUGCCGGUCAAUUACUGAUUGGCUUCCACCAGCUCCUGCAAGGGAAUACACAGAUGAAGAGAUUGCAUCACGAGCUGUUGUUAGGGAUAUUUUGAAAACACCUCUAGCACUUUCAAAGAAUCCGAAAAUCGCCUUCAUGUUUCUGUCACCUGGUUCUCUACCAUUUGAAAGAUUAUGGGAUAAAUUUUUUCAAGGACAUGAAGGGAAAUUCUCAGUAUAUGUGCAUGCAUCUAAGACUAAACCAAUUCAUGUGAGCCGUUAUUUUGUUGACCGGGAUAUACGAAGUGCUCAGGUGGUGUGGGGUAAAAUAUCUAUGGUUAAUGCAGAACGACGACUACUGGCAAAUGCUUUACAAGAUCCUGAUAACCAGCAAUUUGUUUUACUUUCUGAUAGGUAAAUAUGUGCCAUGAUAUUGCUUUUAAUUAUAUUCUUAUU